GAACCUGUAUUGUUUCUGACAGAUAUGGCGGUCUUUUAUGGUCUUCGGCUGGUGUCUCUGGCUGUGCUGAUGCUGGUGUCUCAGCUGGACUCUGCCAGUGCUGCUGUUCGGGUGUUUGGUUUAAGUGCCAGAGAUCUCACCGGUGACGUUUUUGAAAACUUUCUCGAUCCAUACCUCAAGAUCUGGUGUGGAUCUUCUUUUGGAGGGCAGACAGAAUUUCACAAGGAUAACAAUAAUCCUUCAUGGUCUGCAGAGUUCAACUUUCCAAAAUGCAAUCUAUAUGAAAAUCUGAAGCUGGAGGUGUGGGACAAAGACCUGAAUUUUGAUGAUCACUUGGGCACAUGUACCAGACAGGUGAAAAAUGGGACUUUCACAGCUACUUGUCAUCUGAACAGCGGAAGUCUGUUUUACAAGUUCGAGUUGAAACAAUAAAGCUUUUCUAAACAGCUUUGAAACAAACUGUAACUAGCCUGAUAGGAAUAAAGUUUAGCAAUAUGCAAUAUAACGUGCAUGUUUUGCAUUAAUAUAUUCAUUAAACUCUACAGCUAAACAUACUUUUCUUUAGUGAAAGGCUUUUACUAACAGCAACAUGAAAAUACAAAUGAAAGUCAUAAGUCAAGGUUGUCUCUCCUUCUCAGUUCACACUGAAUCUAGUUUUAAUUUUUGCACUUCAUUAAAUAUAGUGCACCAUAUAGCACUUCUUCUCUUCUCACAGAUUGGUGCAAGCGAUAAAUUCCCCAUAACCUGCACAUCAUAUCACGGCACACCAACACUAUUCAUACUUGUAAACAUGAGUAUUUUACUCUACAUUUUAUGCUAUAGAAAGUGUACAUCAAAUGUACAUAAUUGAUUUUACCAUUUACAAUAAAAGGUCUCUUGCUCCUUU